AUGAACGAAUCAAGGAGAAGGCUGCAUCGAUUUUCUACAGCUUCAAAGAUACUCCUGAACUUGUGGAUGUUGAACAGACCCGUGGAUUGGACAGCACGUGGUCACCAGGAGACAGCAUUGCUGAAUGGAAGCACAAGAUGCGAUCACCGUUGCAAGCGUCAACUCCACGUUUCGAGAGCUAUGCACCCGCGGUGGUCUCAUCACCGUUUUCGCCAACCAGUG